ACUGAUCAUCAAACAAAAACUCUCUAGCUCUCCUCUCAAAUGAAGAUUUACACUCCUCUCAAAUGGGUCCUUCUCUAUCUAGCCAUACUGUUAAUCUGUAGCCACUCCCAUGCAAACCUAACACCUUUUAGAACUGAUCAUGAUUAUCACCUCCCAAACAAAACCCAUCAAUUGCGGACCCAACCCACAAAAUCCAAACACACCCAAGUGAAACUAACCCCUCCUGUUGUGAUUUCAGGGGUUCUCUGUUUCCUAGCUGCCUCCAUAUCUAAUGCUGGUGGUAUUGGUGGUGGGGGCUUGUUCAUAACCAUACUGACCCUAGUGGCUCGUUUGGAUCUCAAAACAGCUUCGAGUUUUUCAGCUUUUAUGGUCACAGGGGGGUCAGCUGCAAAUGUUAUGUACCAUAUGAUCUCUGCUAGUCCCAAAAAUGGUGGUAAGAGUUUAAUAGACUAUGAUAUAUGUUUUCUAUCAGAGCCAGUAAUGAUAUUAGGAGUAAGUAUAGGGGUGAUGUGCAAUGUUAUGUUCCCAGAAUGGCUUAUCACCAUACUGUGUUCAACUUUUCUUGCUUGGUCUACAUUUAAGACGUCUAAAUGUGGGGUGGGGAAGUGGAAAUUGGAAACAGAGGAAAGGAAAAAGAAAGGGUGUGGGUUGGUGGGAAUUGGUGGGAAUUGUGGUGAGAAUGGAGUGGAGAUCAACAAAGAGAGUGGUUUGAGCGGAAACGUAGUAGGAUUGGAAAGCAGGUUGGUGGUGGUGGGGCAGGAUGGAAAUUUUGGUGGAAAUGGAUUGGAUAUCAACAAAGAGAGUGGUUUGAGUGGAAAAUUAGUAGAAGGCUGCAAACAAGGGAUUCAAUGGAGGAAAUUGAGAGGGUUGAUGGUGAUCUGGUUCUCCUUCUUUGUUCUGCGUCUUUUUACUGGAAAUCGGUAUGGACAGGGUAUAACAUUAGUAAAGCCUUGUGAAGUGGGAUAUUGGAUUCUCUCAUCAAUGCAAAUUCCACUAGCUUUAUCCUUCACCACUUGGAUUUUGUACAAAAGAGGAAGCCUCCCACAUCAGACCACCAACCACCUGGAAAAAGAAGACCAGACUAGAGGAGGACCAACAAGGGAGCUCAUUUUCCCUGUAAUAGCUUUGUUAGCUGGGGUUCUUGGUGGAGUUUUUGGAAUUGGUGGUGGAAUGCUACUGAGCCCAUUUUUCCUUCAACUUGGAAUAGCACCAGAGGUGGCAGCAGCAACUUGUUCACUCCUGGUGUUGUUCUCAUCGUCCAUGUCAGCGAUUCAGUACUUCCUACUGGGCAUGGAUCAUCAGCACGUAUACGGCGCCCUCACCUUGGCUUUCAUUUGUUUUUCGGCCUCGCUAAUCGGAUUGAUGGUAGUCAAAAAGGCCAUCAAAACAUAUGGUAGGGCCUCUCUCAUUGUGUUCUCAGUUGCAAUUGUUAUAGCCCUGAGUACUGUUCUGAUUACUACCUUUGGAGCUCUGAAUGCUUGGAGAGAGUAUAAAAGUGGGAGGUACAUGGGCUUCAAUCGGUCCUGUCAACAGGGGCGGAGCUAGCUGGUGGGGCAGCGGUGUGACACAAGUUAUCCCUGUUUCACAGUUAGUUUUAUGUUACAGUACUAAUGGAUUAAUGGAUUAGGCACCUACCGUUUU